AUGAUUGGCAAAGAUUUCGGGAUUACUGCUGACGUCACUCCUGCUCAGAUCGCGCUCGAGGACCCGAGCGCAGAGGCAAAAGCGACAAAACAAACGAAAAAUUGGAAAGCAGCUAUGUCUUUUUCGCAGCUCGGCUAUCCUUACAGCACGUCUUCUCAGUUUUUCGUCUCAGCCAGCCCCGGCGCCACUCGCUGCGACUCCGGGUCCCGAUCCGUGUCGGACGCCUCCUCGGGAUCUUCUCAGACGGCCACGCUUUGCUGCCCCUCCUACGAGAACCGGCUCUUGGCGACCUCCAGGACGGAUCUGAAUGCGGCCUUGGGCAUGUACAGCUCUCCCUACGCAGCCGCCGCGGCCGGCCAGGGCUACGCCAAUUACCUCCCGUACGGCGCGGAGACUUCGGCUCUUUAUGGCUCGCUGAAUCCUCAGUAUGAGAUGAAGGAUAGCUCCUCCGCUUUGCACGCAGGGAUCGCGCAGCCUGGAGCGACUGCUUACUACACCUAUGAGCAUUCCUUUGGGCAGUACCAGUACGACAGGUAUGGAACGGUGGACUUCAGCAGCUCAGCCAGGCGCAAGAAUGCUACCCGGGAGACCACCAGCACCCUGAAGACGUGGCUGUAUGAGCACCGCAAGAACCCGUACCCGACCAAGGGCGAGAAGAUCAUGCUGGCCAUCAUCACCAAGAUGACCCUCACGCAGGUCUCCACCUGGUUCGCCAACGCCCGGCGGCGGCUCAAGAAGGAGAACAAGAUGACCUGGUCUCCCAAAAACAAAGUAGGAGAAGAGAGGAGAGACGACAGUAGAAGGAACGAAGAAGAUUGUGGCAGUGAAAACGAAGACAAAGACCACAAAAGCUGCAAGGAGGAAAAGGAGUUACGGCUGAGUGAUCUGGAGGACCUAGAGGAGGAGGAGCCAGAGAUGAAGAGGGAAGUGGAGCCAAAGCAUCUCCUCCAAGAAGGCCUGAUCAUCGGGGGCACCUUGGCCGAGUCCCAGAAGAGCCGCUGCACCCUGACCCCGCUCAGCCAUUUCCAUGCCUUCCCCUGUGCCAAGGGUGACUCGGCCGUCGCAGGGGACCUCUUUGGCCACAAGGGGAGCACACUGGUGGGCAACCUUGGAACUCAAGGCCUAUGCUAUGAAGUCCCGGAGAAGCCCAGGAUCUGGUCGUUAGCCCAUACAGCAGGGGCCAAUGUGAUUGUGGGGCCCACCACCCAUCCUGCUCAACGGACGGACAGCCCUGACUGUUUGGUGCUCAGGGGGAGGCCCCCUGGUGGUGGCGGACAAUGCGGCGAGGGGAGGCCCUCGGGCAGUCUUGUGCGGACUCAACCCAUGCAUGACAAGACCUUGGAGGAGCUGGCCCAGCAAACCAAGAUCUUUAAGAACUCUACCUUCAACCUGCAGUCUAUUUCACUAAACUAUGCUUCAUACCCUAUGCUGGGGGACACCUGUCAAUAUGCAGCAGGAACUGAAGGCUUUGGGAGAAGCAUGAAAACUACUCAAGGCUCUCUAGAUCUGAGUGAAGUUUGUCUUGGACAGCACAAAGACAAACUGAGGACAGCAUUCAGACCAGUCCUAAAGAGGCUCAUUGAGCCCAGUGUGUUAGUGAAACAUCUCAAGAAGGUCCAAAACUUGAAGGCUUUCCAGGAACAGCAGCCCUCAUGCCCAGUGUGA